CGAUAGCAAUUCGUUCAGCCAACUCUGAUUCACAAUAGAUCGGUCAUGAUGCGUAUUAAAACCCAUUAAAUCGUUUAUUACGAAAUGUUAAAUCGGUCAGACGAGCUUGUAAAGGUGGGAAAGAAAUAUAAUAAAUUAUGUAAUAUAAUGCUAAAUUGUCACUGUCAGCGAAAAGAAGCGAAGAUAGAUUAUAUUAACGAGGGUACACUUUGAAAUUGACGGGAAAAGUAACUGAGGCACGAGCAUGCAAGUGCGUGUUUGUCGUAAUGGUGGGAUAUGCAUUUGAUCGCAAUAUGGAAAGUGUACGCGCGAAUGCAUGUAAGGGCCCAAAAACAAGACGCCCCUGGUGUAGGUUGAAUAGUACGUUCCUGCAGAACGGAGCCCGCGAGGGCUGGUGAGAAAAAGAGAGAGGCAUACUGAUCAAAGGUGGUACAAGAGCGAGGAGGACAGCGAGGGCGAGAGAGGAACGCGAGGGCCGAGGUAUACCAUCGAGUAUCAACCAGCUGGUUGGCAAGGCAGCCGCGAGCAGUCGCCAGUGAGACGCGGUACCCCGCGAGGGCUUUCGUCGUUUGUUCGUUCGUCUAUACGUGUGUCUAUAUGUCCGUCAUCUCCCUUCCGCUUAAACCUAUCGUGGUCGUGCGUACGUUCAUUCGUUCGUCCGGUCCGUGUGUGGUGCGUCUCCCUUCGCCUGCUUUCAACGACACUUGCCACCGGUCGCGACUAUCGUCUCUGUGUCAAAGUACAUCUCUCUCUCGCUCCAUCUCUCUCUCCUCGUUUCUCUUGGCGUGCCCGACUGAAAAGACAAGAUGGCUGCCGAUUCAGGAAUGGAGACGUGUCCCUCCCCGGAGAUUGCAGACUCCAGGAAACGGCCGCUCGAUUGUGACGCGGAAAAUGGCGCGACGAAGAGGUCUCAUUACGGAUCAGGGGGAGAUGGAACAUAUCACCUCAAAGUAUUGGUCCCUGGCGUGGCUGCUGGAGCAAUCAUUGGCAAAGGAGGAGAUACAAUUGCCCAAUUACAGAAAGAUACGGGAGCCAGGGUUAAAAUGUCUAAAUCCCAUGAUUUCUACCCAGGAACAACAGAGAGAGUGUGUUUAAUUACUGGUAGUUUGGAAGCUAUAAUGGCAGUUAUGGAUUUUAUUAUGGACAAAAUUCGUGAAAAACCAGAUCUCACAUUAAAGCCAACUGUUGACUUUGAAUCUGGAAAGACUACUGCAGAAAGGGAUAAACAGGUAAAAAUUUUGGUACCUAACAGCACCGCAGGAAUGAUAAUAGGUAAAGCUGGAAAUUACAUUAAGCAAAUAAAAGAAGAAUGUGGCUCGUAUGUUCAAAUAAGUCAGAAGGCAAAAGAUGUGUCUUUACAAGAAAGGUGUAUAACAGUAAUAGGAGAAAAAGAGAAUAACCGUAAUGCGUUAAUGAUGAUAUUAGCAAAAGUGGCAGAUGAUCCACAUAGUGGAACAUGCCCAAAUGUUAGCUAUGCAGAUGUUAGCGGUCCUGUAGCUAAUUACAAUCCCACGGGCAGUCCUUAUGCUCAAGCACCUACAAGUACUCCCACAUAUACUUCUACGGCUGGUAUUAAUACAGUGAGUCUUUUGAAUGGUGCUGGAUUAAGCUUGAACUUGAAUUUAGGAGCUGCAAUUACAGCGGGUACAGCACCAGUGACAACGCAACUAUUGGAGCAUAUAAAAUUGAAUUUACGAACGGCAGGUUUUUCCGAACCUGCUGCUAGUGAAAUUUUGUCUGCUAUCGCUACACUUGCUAAAUAUAAUCUUCUCGGAAUGGGAAUUGGAAUGCCUUCUAGUAUGAGUUACCUUGGAAAUCCUAUGGAUAGCACUACAACCGCGAAUGGUUCGAAUAAUAAUGGCGGCGUAUUUGGGCCAAUUGGAACAGUUCCUGCUCUCGGAUCUACGUCUCCUACACCACGUAAUACACUUGACAGAUACGAGCCCUUUGACCCAUUCAGACAAAACAACACAGCUGCCAGUGCUAUUCAUCUAAACAACAAUUCGUUUGGCCUUGGCACUAACCAGUUAUCACUUGAAAAAUAACUCAAGGCGAAUAAAGGUUCAUCGGCAAGGAGAAACGAAGAGACGGAUCCAUUUUAUUCGGAUGAUAAUGACGAUGUUAAACGUGCAAUUCUAUCAGGAUCGAAUGUCGCAAUAUCCAUUUUCCAAUGUUAUCGCUUGGAACGUUUGAGAAAAAAAAAAAAAAAGAAAAAAACGAAAAAAACAGAAAAAGUGCUCUAACUCUCCUUGCGUCAUCGGGUAAGAAACGAAGCGAUAAACGUGUUACAAACUAUAGAGAUCAGCCAGUUUACUAUAAGUAUUUUCUUUAGCGGUUUAUAUACAUCUGUACAAUAUUAGUAUUUUAUAAAUAUCGUAAAUGUUACGGGGCUAUGGUUCGUGUAUGUUCAUCGGUUGAAAGAUAUAUAACACAAUAGGGGAGAGAAAAAAAAAUACAAUUUAUUGUUCGAUAUAUUGAAUCGUAACCGUUAUUACGAUCGAUGCAUAAAAUUCCACGGAGAAAUACGUCCAACGGGGGAGGGGAAAAAAAAAAAGAAAAGAGUUAUUCACAUGCGUUUGUUCCGAUUGUUUCAUGUUGACAGAUACUUUUAUAGAGUUUACCUGUUGCAUACUAUUGUGUUAAAUUUUAUUGUCGCGUGUUGGACGAUUGUUGCUUGAAAGAAAGAUACGCAAAUACCUCUUUGCUAUGUGGCAAAAAAAAAAAAAGAAAAAAACAGUAUUGGUUGGCCAGUCUAUGUUACCUACGAGUUGUUUAAUGAGAGGACAUUGCUAGACUAAUUAAGCCGGCAGUCGCCACACAUUUAGGAGAAUCUUAUUUCACAUGACGCUUUGUUUUGUACAGUUUGAGAUAUGUAUAUUUCAUCUGAUCAUUCUCUAAGUAAAGGAAACAGAGAGAAAAAAAACAAAAAAUGAUAGACGGUAAAAGAGAAAAAAAAAAAAAAACGGCGCCAGAGAAUGGUGGUUGUUGCGCGCCGUGAAUAGUUGUACACGAUUACUAAGUAUAGAUGUGUAGGUAGUGUCUUAAAUCUCUUGUAAAAGUCGUCAUUACAGGUUCAACGUUUUAAUCAAUAAUCGAUCGAUAAAAGGAAAAAAAAAAAGAAAUAUUUACAGAAAUGGGUUAAAAAGAAAAAAAAAAAAAGUAUAAUUAUACUCUCGCACGUGGAGACGUAGUAGUGUAGUAAUCAGGGAAAAACUGUAGGAAUUGCAUUGACUCGCCUCAAUUCUAAUAUGAACUAUUGUUACAGUAACUAUAAUUGAAUUCGACACACGUCGCUACGAUGGAGUGGCUUGCGUGUCACGUUACUUGGCUGUGUGUGCUAGGCUACAUCGUAAUUCAUGUUCCAUCAUCCAUCACUCCACUCGCACAGACUCCAUUUACCUGUAUAGAACGUAUACAAAGAGGGGGGAAUGAAAAGGGGGAAUAAAAGAAGAGAGUAACGAUGAUUCGUCAUUAAUUACGUAAAUUAAUAUUCCGAUACAAAAAUGUGAGAGAUAGAGAAAGAAGAAAGAGAGAAAGAAUAAAAGAAAAGAAGGAAGGAAGGAGAAAAAGAAAGAGAAGGAGAGAGAGAGAGAGAGAGAGAGAGGGAAAGAAGAAAGGAUCGAUACACACAUUUGAUACCAGAGAAAAAGCAAAAGUGAAAGAAUUUUUUCGCACGACAUUUACACACUCCACCCAAUCACUUUAGUGCCAUAUUGAUAUCCCAUCAGCCACACUUGUUGACGUUUUGACGGUAGAACGUGUUGUUAAAGAUGUGUAUAUUCUGCGAUUAUGCAGACUGUUUUGAAUAAAGUCGGAAUACGUUUAUUUCUCAUUACACAUAUAUUAAAUCGUUACAAAGUAUUACGGAACACACUUGUAUAUGCUUAUUUAGUUUCCGCAGUGUACAAAGAAUCGUUUUACAGUUGUCGAGGGAUUUUAAUGUCGAUUAUCAGAAUGACGAGAUAGAGCUUAUAUAUAUAUAUAUCUAUAUAUAUAUAUAAAAAUGUAUUGAUUGCAAACUCUAAGUUCGAACUUCUUGUUUUACAAAUGAUAUACGCAUAUUUUACGAGGAAAACAAAUUUUGUAAAAAAUGCAACAGUUUCUUGAUCGAGGAGCAAUGCGUUUCGUCCCCAAAUUCUUGUUGCAACCAGAGGAAAAGCCACUCUUUUUCUUUUUUCCCCUUAUCGAUAUUUAACGUUAAAUGCUGAACAUUUGGUGUUGAAACGAGUGGUAAACGAAAAGUAAAAGAUUGUCGAAGGUAAAAAGAAACAAAAAAAAAAAAAAAGAAGUUUCCCAUUCGGAUAUUUUUGUAACGUAAAUCGCUUUCCUUUCGAACCAUUGUUUCGAAAGAAACGUUGCAUUUGAACUCUUUAAAGAAUGUUAUAUUCUCGAAAGAUUCUUUUACUGCCACGUUUUGCAAUCGUUCGCUAUAAUCAAACGUUUAAACGAUAGAACAAAUUAACAAUAUAGUCAAGGGAAAUAUAAGAAAGAAGAAAAAAAAAUUGAUGUAAAAUGUAACGUUACAUUAAGAAGUAUGAUAAUAUAUUAAGAAAUACGAUAGUAGAUGUCAAAGGAAUGGUUUAAAAAUGACACGAUGAGGAUGGAGAAAUAAUAAUAAUAAUAAUAAUAAUAAUCGAUUGCAUUGCAUUGAUCGACAAUAGAGCAGAGUUAAUCGUAGAUAAAAAGAGCGAAAAGAAAACAAAAAAAAAAAAAAACGAGCAAUUGAUUAUCUUCAACAAAUUGUCUCGAGCGUUUAACUUGUUCUUCGCCAGAUGUUUCUGCUUUUGACGCUCUAUUCUACAUGAAAUUUCCGAGUGCUGUGCGUUUUCCACACGGAUUUACACAACAGUUACUAAAAACCUACAGAAAUUAAUUGAUGCCGCGAUAUUUUUUUUGUUUUCUCUUCUUCGAUUUUCAUUGGAGCUUCGCCUUGUGUUUUUCUUUUCAAUUCGCAGGAUUUAAAAUUUCACAAUGCACUCGCACUGCACCGUGCAUUGCAAUGCUUGUUGAACGAGCAGAAUGAGAAAGAGGUAUACAGCAUAAGAAAGGAAACAAUACAAAGCGAGAAAUAAAAAAAAAAAAAAAAAAAAAUAACACAUGGCUGUAAAUAUUUUAUAUAAAAGAAAAAAGAUAUAUAUAGAGAAAGAGAGAGAUCUAUCUAUUAUAGCGAUACGCGUGGAAUUAAACGAAAGAGGCUUUUAUUUUUGUCUAGAAAAAAAAAAUAAAAAUAAAAGGGACGAUAAUCGAGAUAUAGCGAGACGAGAAUUAUAAUUGGGCAAGUUCAAAGAAAAAAGAAAGAAGAAAAAUAUCCUGACGUUAGAGUCGAUUUUAGUACAUAGUAUUUACCGUUAAAGUAUUAAAUAUCGCGCCGAUUGAAUACGUAAUACAAAUUUCAAUUGUUCAGCCCGCACUGUGUCUUUUUCUGCGUAAACGGACAGACGCUAAAUUUGCAAAUUUCCGAUUCAUCGUCGUACGAUUGGAGGAAAAAAAUAAAACAUACCCCACAUACGAAGCGAAGCGAAAGAAUGAAAAAAAGAAUGGAAAACACACAAGAAAAGUGAGGCUUUUUCUCCGCGUAUAUAGGAAAGUAAACAGGAUGAAACGAGAGUGCAGUAGUGUAUUCAAAUUAGCAACGCAUACCGAUAUCUCUAAAAAGAAAAAGAAAAAAAGAAAAGAAAAACAGGAAUCUUCUCAUCGCGGAUUACCAAAUAUGUAUGAGGAAAGGGAAAGAUGUAUCAGGAUAUCUAGAGACGCAGAGCGAAUAGAAACCGUGGAAGAGUUUAUCUGAAAAAGAAAUUAUUUAGAAAAGAAUAAAAAAAAAAAUUAUAUAUAUAUAUAUAUAUAAAUAGAUAGAGAAUAAAAAGAAGAAAAGCGAACAGAGGGAAUAAGAGAGCAUAUUUAAACGACUAGAACGCUCUAGUUAACGUGUGUAAUUAAGAGGGUUGUACAAAAGUGUAAUGUAAUGUUAUUUUAUUGGAAGCGAGACUUAGGGUUAGUUAAUACACGGUAUAUUAUUUUGGGUAAGCAUAUGUAAAGAAAAAAGAAAAAAAAAAAAACGAUUAAAAAGAAUAUUGAAGAAUAAUAACGAAAGAACUUGGAUGGAGAUAUCGUUAUUGUUGAGGUAGAAGUAGCACAUAGCAGCUCGGGGAUUAUAAUGAUGAAUGAGGAUGAGGAUGAGGAAUGAAAAAAAAAACUAUUAAGUACCUUGUUGAAUAUAAGUAGAUUAAUAAUCGCUAAGUCGCGAAGAAGAAAAAAAAAAAAAAAUGAUAGUGCACCGCAAUGGUGCAUGUGUGCACAUUCGUAUGUUCAUUAACGACUUGUCAUCAUUACGUACAUACAUAUACACACAGAGAGAGACACACAUACCCAUACGCAUACAUACGUACACGUACCAGAGGAACAUUGUACACAAUUGUAUAAUGCGAGAAUAAUGUUGCAUGCCUAUACACGCAAAAGAAAGAAAAUUCAAACGAAAAAAGGAAAAAAAAAAAAAGAAAACGAAAAAAAAAAAGUAUGAAAAAUAUAAAUAAUAGAGGGUUUCACGCGAAACGCAGUGCCGCGCGUUGUGCUUUAUUAAGGAUCGUAUCCGAAUUACGAUACCGGUUACAUUAGAUGGAAUAAAUAGCAUUAUCUUCCACGAAUAUUUCGAAUUUUCAAGAGCAGCUGGCUGCGAAAGAAAGAAAGGUACCAUAGAGAGAUUCGUUCGUCACUGAUUGAAGUAUCGUCACGAUCACAAGUAUUGUACCUUACAUUCCUUUGGCUAUAAAGUAAUAGUAAGAACACGACGACCGUGUGCCUCGUGCGUUUCACAGAUGCAUAUGUAUCAGAAUCGUUGAGAAAUAAACGAGAUAGAUAGGGGAAGAUAGAGGGAGAAAAGACGUAGUUAAAUUGGCGUUUGAUCGAUUCGCAUGAUA